AUGCCGCACAAAGUGAACGAGUCAAAUUCCACGCUUUCCAGCAGCGACACCAGCAGCAGCAGCAGCGGUGACCAGGUAGUCGUCGUCCCAAACAUACGAGGGUCCAAUGCUGGUCCACGAAAAUCACAGCCCCCGGUCGUUGUCCACAAUCAUGGCGGUCAAAUCUACGACGAGACGAGACCGUCGGACUGGGACAGACAGCGAUGGAAGUAG